AUGCGCCUCUCAGCCCUCGGGCAGAUCUGGUUCCUUGAAUCCUUGGCGUGUUAUGUGCAGGCAUCAGGAGCUGUGGUACAGGCCGGCGGGGUGGAGUACCAUGGACUACAAAAUUCCACUGCCAGAAUUAACUCAUUCUACGGCAUCCGCUACGCCAGUGCACCCACCUCAUAUCUGAGAUGGAGACCACCAGUGCCCAUCAAAACUCGCAGCGAGCGAGUCAUUAUCGAUGCCCGCAGACGUGGGCCAGUAUGUCCCCAGAGCUAUCCGCCAUGGACCCCAGCCGCUUUGUCGAGUGCAAGAGAAGAUGAGGAUUGCUUGUUGCUGGACAUUGUGGCACCCACGGUAGCAACGUCCGACAAGCUACCAGUCAUGGUUCAGAUUCAUGGAGGAGGAUACGUUGGUGGCAGCGCAGCCUCCGCCCCUGGAGCCAGCUUAGUUCACCAAGCAAAUGGCACGCUGAUCUAUGUGGCCAUCCAGUAUCGCCUUGGACCUCUUGGCUUCCUGGCUGGGGACCAAAUUGCCGCAAACGGUUCUUGGAACGGCGGUCUUCUCGAUCAAAGGGCUGCGCUAGACUGGGUCCAACAGAAUAUUCACUUCUUCGGUGGUGAUCCUGAAAAGGUCACCAUUGUCGGAGGAAGUGCUGGCGGUGCUUCGGCAAGCUUGCAAAUGAUGAUCUACCACUCCGGGGAUUUUGCGUAUGGAACUUACUACUGGGGCCCAGCUGUUGAUGGCCACAUUCUUCACGAACGCCCAUUGGAGGCGUUCAGCCGGGGUCAUUUUCAUAAGGUACCUAUCCUCAUCAAUCGUGAUGGCAACGAAGGCUUUACUUUCUCAAACACGUCUAUAGCCACGGAAGAUGAGGUGAUUUCGGAUCUCAAAUGCUCGUGGCCAAAUGAGACAUUCCUCGCUGAAUCACUGACGCUAUAUCCCGGAUUGUUAUACAACACCAGUAUGAUCGAAGACUUGACCGCUAUUCAAGCUCUUGAAGCUGCUUCAGGUGUCGACCUGCCCCUGAGCAAUGCAUUCGUUCAGAGAGAAUCACUAUUUGGUGAUGCUCUGGUCAAUUGUCCAACCAGAUACAUCGCCGAGGCAGCAUCUAAAGCGGAAUUGGCGACUUACAAGAUGGUCUUUGACUCGGGAAUUCAAUUCCAUGGCUCAACGCAACAGUUUUUGUAUUCGGAUACCGUUAAUCCAACGGGUGACACCUCCUUUGGUUCUGUCACCAUCCCUGGGAAUGGCACUCUAGCCAUUAUUAUGAGAGAUUACUUCAUAUCUUUUGCUGUUACUCUGGACCCAAAUUCAGCUCUUUCAUCAUCAAGAGCUAGACCUGUGUGGCCAGGAUACCAGUCAACAAAUGACACUACUGCUAUCUUGCGCGUCCAGAACAAUGGUAUUACGAUCAGCAAAGACCCGGAUAUCAAUGCGCAUUGCCAAUGGCUCGCGUUCUCUGCACCUUAUUUGGAGAGAAUCUGA